GGUCAUGAUAUCAUAGAAGAAGAAGAAGAAGAAGAAGAAGAAGAAGGCGAUGACUGCUUCUGUACUGCUCCCCUUUUGCGUAAUCUCAAGCGUAUGAAUUUAUCGAGACGAAUUAGUCAAAUAAGACGGAGAAAAGCAAGCACGUAAGUCAAUGGUUGGUUGGUAGUGUGACCUCCCUGCAGGCGUCAUCACAUGAGGGACCAGCUAGCCUGUCUUACAGCAUUCUACACAGAUUCUGUCUCUGGAGAAAUUGGAGGGACACAAACGUUGGUAGUAACAGAUCUACCUCCUCUGAAUCCAGGGAAAUGUUUUGCCCUGGGGGGAAAAAACGAUUGACCGAACAAAGGAAAGUUUCUGCCUCCCAUGUGGGAAAACUCCGCAAUAAGCUGAAAGCCAUCCUAAAGAAAAAGUAUCAAAGUCCGCCAGGUGGGGAAACUGAGCAUCCAUUUUAUAUACAUUGCGAUCUCCACUAUCAAGCUGGUAAAAGUAGUGAGGAGAACCAACAUGAGUAUAUUCUAUCUGAGCCAGGCUACAGGAGAAGACAUAAAGGAACAUGUUCAUUCCUAAACUCAGAAGUCGAUGAACCUAUCAGAACAGCUCUGACAAAGGGCAUCUCUGGUAUUGGCAAAACUAGCCAUGUGCGGAUGAUGAUUCUUAACUGGGCAGAGGGAAAAGGAGACCAGGAAGUCCAACUCAUAUUUCCCCUUCCUUUCCGGGAGCUGAAUUUGCUAAAGGAGAGACUGAGUAUGAUUGAACUUCUUUACGAGUUUUUCCCAGAAUUGAAAGAACCAGGAAUUUACAACUUGGAGAACUGCAAAGUUGGGUUCUUUCUUGACGGGCUGGAUGAAUUCCGACGUCCUCUCGACUUCAAGAACAGCCCGAUAGUGACCGAUCUCACAGAGCCCUCCUCUGUGCCGGCACUGCUGACAAACCUAAUUAACGGUAAUCUACUUCCCUCCGCCGCUCACAUAUGGAUUACAUCCAGACCUGCGGCAGUCCAUCGCAUCCCUCUUCAAUACAUUGACAGAGUGUCAGAAAUUGAAGGCUUCACCGACUCCCAGAAAGAGGAGUUCUUCAGGAGAGCAAUCAAUGACAAGAACCAGGCCAAAGCAGUUAUCACCUACUUGAAGAACUCGAAGGGCCUCUACAACUUGUGCCAGAUACCUUUUAUCUGUUCAAUCUCAGCGUCAAUACUCGAGAAACAGACAUAUGUACCCGACAAAAUAUGCGAACCUGUCGCACUAACUCCACUAUUUAACGACCUACUCAUCCUGUUACAAAUAGGGAAACACAAUGUAAAGAUAGUUGAUGAAUUGGGGGAACUAGCCUUUAAGCAGUUGGUGAAAGGCAACACGGUUUUCUACGAGGAAGACCUACGAGAGUGCAACAUUGAUGUCCAAGUGGCAGCUGUGUACGCAAAAGUAAGCAUACCCAUCUUCAGGGAGGAUAUUGGGCUGCAGCAGAAGAAGAUCUACUACUUUGGGCAUACCACCAUUCAGGAGUUCUUUGCCGCAAUGCGGUUUCUUCAAUCUGUUGGCAACCAAGACGAAAACCAGGCUGUCAACCGGAAAACCCAGAUUGAGAGAACUCUCUGGUUUUUUGGAGAUGCCACCCAACUCAAGAGCGCGGUGGACAUGACUUUGCGGAGCAAGACCGGACAUAUGGACCUCUUCCUUCGCUUUCUCCUCGGCAUUGCGCAGAACUUUAACCAGAUGUUCUCAGAGGCUGGCUUCACCCCGUCUACUGCCCUUCCGGAAAUGUUAGUGUACAUCAAGAAGAAGGUCUUGGAGAAUCCCACUUCGCCGAGGACCCUCAACCUGCUGAACUGCCUGAGGGAACUGAAAGACUACUCUCUAGACAACGAUAGUGUGCGCUUUCUCGAGACGGGAAUCCCCCCAGAUGCCAAAUAUCCAACUACACAUUGGUCCGACCUGGCCACUCUCUUUUUGGCAUCGUUGUCUGGAUCGAUAGACAUGCUUGGUUUGGAUGUAGAGAACAGAGGAGACGAGGAACUUCUGAGGAUGCUGCCAGUGAUCAAAGCUUCCCAGACCGCCACGCUGUCGUAUCACAACCUGACUGAGAAAUCCUGUGACUAUCUGGCCUCUGCGCUCACCUCAAAGGUGUCCAAUCUGAGAACUCUGGACCUGAGUUUCAACACGCUGAAGGACUCUGGAGUGCAGCUGUUGGCGGCCGGCUUGGCCAAGCCACACUGCCGACUGGAGAGACUGAAACUGUCCGGCUGCAGGGUGAAACAGAAUGGCUUUGCAGCUCUGGCCAAAGCUCUCAAAUCCAACCCGUCGCACCUGCGAGAGCUGGAUCUGAGCGGCAACGAACCGGAAGAAUCGGGGGUGUUUCAUCUCGUUGACGGACUAAAGGUUGUUAAGUGCGAACUGCAGGUCCUGAAGCUCUCAAACUGCAAGCUGGGCCUGGAGCUGAGUCGCGCUCUGGCGGUGUUGCUGAUAGACAACCCUAGACACCUGCGAGAGCUGGACGUCAGCAUGAACGACCUGGGAGACCGGGGGGUGGAGCUGCUCAUGGACAUACUGAAGUCAACCCAGAUAUACAAACUGGAGUUGUACUGUUGUCAGCUCACUGAGAAAUGCUGUGAGAACAUGUUUAGGUGUCUGGUGAACAUCCCCAGUCUGAGGGAGCUCAACCUGAGCAACAACAACCUGAAGGACGAGGGAGUCAAGAUGCUCUGCAACGCCUUCGGACUGCCCGCCUGUCAACUGGAGAAACUCAAUCUGGCGAGCUGUGGCUUCACAUCUGGAGGCUGUCGAUGGCUGGCUGGAGAGUUCAGUUUCAGCCCCACCUUCCUCAAACAGCUGGAUAUCAGCAGGAACCACCUGGGCCACUCAGAUGUUGUCGCGUUUUUCCGGUUCCUCAAAACUAUACGCUUUUCACUGGAGACCCUACGGCUGAGUGACUGUAAGAUGACAGAGCUAUGCUGUCCGGAGCUGGUCGAAGCUCUCCGCUCCAAUCUCACCAACCUGAAAGAGCUGGAUCUAUCUGGAAACGAACUGGGAGACAGCGGUGUAAAAACACUCUGCAUGGGACUGACCUCAACAACCUGUAAACUGGAGAGACUGUUUCUGAGAUGCUGUGGGAUCACAGCAGAGGGCUGCUCCUCCCUAGCCUUAGCCCUGAAGUCCAGUUGCUCCAAAAUCACAGAGCUGGGCCUGAUGGGAAACGACACGGGAGAAGAAGGACUGAGAAUUCUCUCCGGCAUCAGGGAUGACCCACACUACAAACUACAGACUCUAGAAAUAAAUGAUUGAGAGUGGCCUUGCUCGCCGGAGGUGGUUCUUGGCUCGACCUUUUCCCAAAUCUGGAGUGAAGUUACUUAAUGGGGAACACACUGGAGUGAAGAAACGAUUGGCUAACAAGUCCCGACAAAGUACUUUCAGCUCAAUAGUAAGCACUUGAUGUGCUUUUGACCAAUUGGACUGGUUCACUGACUUUUGCCCAUUUUUAAAGUGCCUUACAGUAUCCUGGCUGCUCACACUUGAACAGAAGACCAGAGAGUAUUUACCUAGAAACAGAGGCUGAAAUGACACACACACUGUUACUAACUCCGUUCCUCUGGUCUUGCUACAGUAUCAACUCUUUUAACCUUUGCAGAAGCUUUACAGUAUGUUUUGCACAUCAGUAUGUACACGAUAGAAUGUAUAGGUUUUGUAACAGGCGCCUCUGCUCCUCAAACACGCGUGACCGGCCUCUUGACGACGUCUUAGCCAACCACGGUAGCGAAAAGCUAGCCGUUUGGUGGAGUGAGGUUACGUUAUAGCGUCUCUGAGGGAGAAGGAUGAUGCAACGUUUUAUUUUGAACACUUGUACAGUCCCUUGAUGGCACAGUCUUUUGCUUUUCAAAUUUUUUUCAAUUUUAUUUCUCUUUGAAAGUGCUUUUUUAUUAAGAUGACCAAAUGUUUUGGAAAUGUAUACAGUAGUACAACUCUUGGUUUAUUUACUAUUGUUGCGUACAAUGUACAUUUUACCCAAAUAUACCUAGCUACUUCUAUUGAUCAUAAUGGUUAAAAAAAAAGAGGAAAAAAAGUACUAAUUGGAGGUUGAACUUCAGAAGCUUUCCAACUUUGGUCAUAUGUUUUAGGUCUGGUCUCCAAAUCGGUUUGCACCUACUGCAACAGGCUGGUUGAUGCCAUAUUUCAAGUUAAACAAGUGCCUUUAGAGUAGUGUGAUGGUGAGGGACACUGUUCUCUACUAUUUGUCUCCUCUGUUGGUAUGUACAGUAUCUGUUUGUGUGUUCUGUUAUUGUGUUUGUGUGUAAAUGUAUACCAAAUUCA